AUGAACUUGGAGACGGACCGUUUGCCCUGCGUGACUAAUACUUCUUUACUACAGAGCGAUGACUCUAGGAUUUGUGUUGUGAUGGUUGGGUUACCAGCCCGUGGGAAGAGUCUAAUCGCUGGCAAAGCUUUGCGAUACUUGGCUUGGGUCGGGAUUCCCGCGAGGAUAUUUAAUGUUGGCCAGUAUAGACGACAGGACACGCCACGACCAACCGCUGCAUUCUUUGACACAUCCAAUCAGGACGGAGAGAGGUUACGACGGGCUGCCGCCGAAGCGGCGGUGGCGGAUAUGUUGCGUUGGUUUUCCGAGACAGAUGGACAGGUAGCAAUACUAGAUGCUACUAAUUCUACGAAAAGUCGUCGGCAAUGGAUAUACAGGAAAUGCAUGGACGCAGGUAUCGAAACGCUGUUUGUCGAAUCGAAAUGCGAUGACGAGGAGCUUAUCAUGAACAACAUUCUUGAAGUCAAGACAACAUCACCAGACUAUGUCGGCCAGGACCCGGAACUGGCCGCGCAAGAUUUCAGAAAUCGCAUCCGCAACUACGAAAAAGUUUACCAGACGAUUGAUGAGGAUGAGAAAGAUUACGCCUAUGUCAAGCUCAUAAAUGUGGGCUCGACUGUAAUCAUCAAUCAUAUCAAGGAUUAUCUGUCCAGUCGCUUGGUUUAUUAUAUUCAAAACCUCCAUAUUCGACCUCGCUCGAUCUGGCUUUCUCGACACGGAGAGUCCGAGUACAACCUUCUAGGCAAAAUUGGUGGCGAUGCAGACAUCUCUUCGCGCGGAGAACAGUAUGCGCGCGCUCUCCCGCGACUUCUCGAGGAGUCUGGUGUCCCUCCCGGCACCAAACUGGUAAUUUGGACAUCCACCUUAAAACGUACGAUCCAGACGGCACGCCACCUCGCUGCAGAAACCGGAUAUGAUAAGCUAGAAUGGAAGGCCCUGGAUGAACUCGACUCGGGGGUCUGUGAUGGCCUAACAUACGAAGAAAUCGCCGAAAGGUACCCAGAAGAUUUCAAAGCUCGAGACGACGAUAAAUACAACUACCGCUAUCGAGGCGGCGAGUCGUACCGGGACGUCGUCAUUCGGCUAGAGCCCAUCAUCAUGGAGCUGGAGAGGAGCGAGAACGUGAUCAUCGUCACUCACCAGGCCGUUCUUCGGUGUAUCUACUCCUACUUCCUGAACAUGUCGCAGGAACAGAGUCCGUGGAUGGAGGUCCCUCUCCACACGCUCAUCAAGUUGACGCCCGGCGCGUACGGGACGGAGGAGAAACGUUUCAAGGCGAAUAUCCCGGCCGUCUCGACAUGGCGAGGUAAAGGUACCUCUGCGAAGCACCAGACACCGGGUGAGCAGCAGCAGUGA